GCUCAGCUGUCAACACACACGUUCGUAUGAAAAAGGAAGGAAGGAUUGAAAAACAGUGGGGAGAGAGAGAGGAGGGCAGACAAAAGCCCACAGCCUCAGACGUGUGACCAGCCAGUUUAUGCUGCACGCCGGUUCCCAAGCGGUCCGUCAAUGGCCAUGGGUUCGUCAACAGACGAGGACUUUAAAGAAAAGCUGCUGUGGAACGUGAAGCGGGAGGUGAAGCAGAUUAUGGAGGAAGCAGUCACCAAGAAGUUUGUGCACGAGGACAGCAGCCAUGUCAUCGCUCUGUGCAGUUCAAUCGAGGCUUGCCUCGGACACAUGCUGAAGCGCAGGGCUGCGGGCUUUCUCCGCAGCGAUAAGAUAGCCGCCCUCUUCACCAAGAUCGGCAAGGUGAACACUAUGGCAGGAGAGGUGUGCCGCAAAGUCCAGGAGCAGCUGCAGCAGCAGGCUGAGUUAACCAGGAGGGCACAGAGCACAGGACCGGAGCCCCUCCAUAGGCAGGGAUCCACUGCAGGUCGAGGGCCCCAGCCACUCUCCGCCCAGGCCAUCAAGCACAUUUGGGUCCGCACUGCCCUUUUUGAGAAGGUCCUGGACAAAAUCGUGCAGUAUAUUGUAGACAACUCAAGUAAGUAUUAUGAGAGGGAAGCCCUGAUGCAUGACUCUGUGUUCGGCCCAAUCCUAGCAGCGCUACUGGUUGGGCCCUGUGCUCUGGAGUACACCAAGCUGAAGACGUCAGACCAUUUCUGGACGGACCCCUCAGCCAACGAAUUGGUCCAGAGGCACCGUAUCCAUGGAGCCCACCGGGGCCAGGAGACCUCACCCGGCCGCAGGCCUGCUUUGGGGAUCCGGAAGAGGCAGUCUAGCAGCAGUAUGUCUGAAGAUAAGUUUGCUGCUUCAGCGAGGGAGUACGUGGAGUCUCUACAUCAGAACUCGCGUAUACAUCUGCUUUAUGGAAAGAACAAUGUGCUCGUUCAACCGAAGAAGGACAUGGAAGUGCUGAGGGGUUACUUGUCCCUGCAUCAGACCUCUGAGACACUCACACUGAAAUGGACGCCCAACCAGCUGAUUAACGGCACUCUGGGGGACUGCGACCUGGAGAAGAGUAUUUAUUGGGACUACGCGUUGACUGUGCCUUUAAGACAAAUCGUCUGCAUCCACUGUCACCAGCGGCCGGAUUGUGGUGGUACUCUGGUGUUGGUGAGUCAAGAUGGCAUCCAGCGGCCGCCCCUGCACUUCCCUCCUGGGGGCCACCUGCUGGCCUUCCUAUCCUGCUUGGAAACAGGGCUGUUGCCCCGGGGUCAACUAGAGCCCCCGCUCUGGUCCCAGAAGGGCAAGGGUAAAGUCUUCCCUAAGCUGCGGAAGAGGAACAGCACGGCACGCUUGGUGGAUCAGGAUGGGGAAGGGGAGGAGCCAGUUGCUGCAGACUACGUUUUCCGCAUUGUUUACCCAGGACACCGCCACGAUUCCAUCACUAUAAACUACCACCACACCACGGGCAGUCGCGCGCCCUCUCUGGACGACGAUGAGGAGGAGGAAGAUAGACUUCACGCAAUGAUCUCAAUGAUCUGCUCACGGAACCUCACAGACCCUAAUGUCAUGAAAGACCACGGGGACAUGAUGGAGAUGCAGGCUUUCGGAGGCAGCCCGUCGUCAUGGCAGCAGGCCGAGUGUGCUAGUCACGUGUCGUCAUGUCUGUCCUGCUCCACUGGGGGCAGUAACGCCUCUGUGGAGCUUCCUGCAGGAUGCACCUGCAUGCAUGACCGAAUUCCACUCAAAAUGCUGUGCCACAAUAUGAAGAGGCAGAUCGUCUCCAGAGCUUUCUAUGGCUGGCUUGCAUACUGUCGGCAUCUGUCCACUGUGAGGACACAUCUGUCAGCACUGGUCAACCACAACAUCGUCCCCCCGGACAAACCUUGUGAAGCCUCUGGAGGCCUCAGCAAAGAUGUCUGGAGCAAAUACCAAAAAGACUGCAAGAACUAUAAGGAGCUGGAGCUGCUGCGAUUGGUUUAUUAUGGAGGGGUGGAGCAUGAGAUCAGGAAAGAGGUGUGGCCCUUUUUACUGGGCCAUUAUAAGUUUGGCAUGGGCAAGAAAGACAUGACACAGAUUGAUGAGAAGAUCGCUGCCCGAUAUAAGCAAGUGAUGCGAGAGUGGAAAGCCUGUGAGGUCAUUGUGAAACAGCGAGAGAAGGAGAUGCAGUCAGCCAUUUUCGCCAAGCUGUCGUCAGGAAGCAGCAUUGACAGCCAUGUUAUGAGGCUAAUCCACAGAGACUCCACCCUCAGCAACGAGGUGUUCAUGUCAGUGGAUGAGCCUGAUGGGGCGGGCCAGGACAACCGCCAUGGGGGGGAUAACACCCCCACCAUGGGCACGGUAGUCAACCCUGCCGCUCUGGCUCCAGAUGAUCGGCCGCUUGUUGAGUUUGAUUCCCCAGACUCAGGCCUUCCCUCUUCUAGGAAUUACUCAGUAGCGUCAGGACACUCCCAGAUCCUGUCCAGCAUUGAGGAUGGGCAAAGCAUGGAGGAAGAGCCAGGAGACGACACCACGCCCAGAGGAGAGCAGAGUGGGCGGGACUCACUGAGUGAGGACAGGCUAUGCAGUCAGCUGGACAAGCUGGUGACUGAUAGCGAAGGUGUUCCACCAUCCUUCUCCUCAUAUACGAUUGAGCUCUUGGAUACAGUGGCUCUGAACCUGCACAGAAUAGACAAGGAUGUUGCACGCUGUGACCGCAACUACUACUACUUCACCCCCAGCAACCUGGAGAAACUGCGUAACAUCAUGUGCAGUUAUGUGUGGGAACAUCUAGAAGUGGGCUAUGUUCAGGGCAUGUGUGACCUGUUAGCCCCUUUAAUGGUCAUCUUGGAUGAUGAGUGCCUCGCCUACAGCUGUUUCACUCAGUUAAUGAGGAGGAUGAGUCAGAACUUCCCCAAUGGAGGAGCCAUGGACACUCACUUUGCCAAUAUGAGGUCCUUGAUACAGAUUCUUGACUCGGAACUGUUUGAGCUGAUGCACCAGAAUGGAGAUUACACUCACUUCUACUUCUGUUACCGCUGGUUCCUGCUGGACUUCAAGAGAGAGCUGCUCUAUGAAGAUGUGUUUGCGGUGUGGGAGGUGAUCUGGGUGGCACCUCAUAUUUCCUCCCAGCACUUUGUGCUCUUCAUUGCGCUGGCUCUGGUGGAGGUGUACCGAGAAAUCAUCCGUGACAACAACAUGGACUUCACAGACAUCAUCAAGUUUUUCAACGAAAUGGCAGAACGGCAUGACGUCCAGCACAUCCUGAGGAUAGCGCGCGAGCUGGUGUACAAAGUGCAGACGCUUAUAGAGAACAAGUGAGCUGAGCGAGGGCGAGAGAAACUGCACCAAAGCUCACUCCCAGCUCCCAGCUUCAGCGCCCUGUUCCUCAUCACCCCCUCUCUCCAGAGUCCGCUCGGAGGGAGAGAGGGAGGGAGAGGGAUGGAGAGAGCACUCUCUCUUUCUCUCUGACUCCACUGGGGUAAAGCGAUGAGACUGCCUGGGACCUGCUGCUGGCCUUAGAGGCCUGGACACGUCCUCUUUUGGUAUCCUUUGCCUGUCACAGAAUGCCAUUGUGUCAGACCUUUGGAAUUGUCUGCAUGCUUGUGGGAUUUGAGCACACUGUGACUGAGGUUUUUUUUUUUUUUUUUAUAUAUAAAGUUUUCGGCUGUACACUCCUCCAGUAAACACCGCCUUCAAUCAGGUCCAUCCCACGUCCACUUUCUAGAAAUGACUCGAGCCUUCUGUGUGCGCACAACACGGUUCUCUUUUACCAGUGACUGUUUUUUUCCCUGCCAAAAGUAAAAAAAAGUAUUCCGCACCUACCAGUGACUCUCAGGAGGAUCGCUUCUUCUACUCGUCUGCCUUUUAUUCGAGAUGGCGCUGAGCACAUUUUCCAGAUAAUUCUACAGAGCCUGACUUUAACAGUACCUCUCCAAAAGCAAAGGUCAGAUCCACUAAAGAAUCCACUAAGCCACGAAGACAAGUUAUUAAAGCAUCCAUUUGUGACCAAAAGGACUGUGCCAAUGAUAAUGACCUUGUCAUAGUAUUUCUACAUCAUGUCCUUGUGUUUUGUCCCUAUGACUUCUCUGGCCCUGUUUUUCCUUCCAGACCUUCUUCUGGAACUCUUCUGAUGGUUGAUGGAGAGAAAAAAAAAAGCUGAUGUUGCCUUCGUUCCUUGUUUUACAACCUGUAUCGCUACUUUUUGCACUUUGAAACUGUCCCUCGGCAGAUGCCAGUGAUGCUCCUUGGUCAGCUUGAACAGGAGGAGAAGGGGCAGAGGCAUAAUUCCCAGAAUCCUCUCCUGCCCUCGUCUGACGUUCAGAGAACCCAGUUGGUCUGAAAGGAGAUGAGCUGCUUCCACAUGAUGGCUACACAGCCAUGUGCAAUGUGACGAGACCAGUGCCUCUCGGGUGUGCCACAUCAGGGAUGUUGGAUGGCUUCUUUAAACCCAGAUUAGUGUGCAGUUCUGAGUUCAUUCACUGGAACAUCUCAUAGAUUUUGACUGAGCCUGAACUACAGUAUUGGCCAGGAGAUCAGCACAGACAUUCCAUGUAUUUAGUAGAUCCUCCCUCUAAAGCUGAAGUAGGGGUGGGUAAUAUGACAAAAAUUUAACAUUACCUUUCCUGAGGUUUGAUUAGUUGAUAGGAUAACUGCUUCAGUAGAGCCACACUGGGACCGACCUGGGAUCGGAUUCCCAAAAGCUUUACUAAGGAAUGUUUAGUUACACUUUACUUUAGAGUGCUGUUCAUAAGGCUACGUGAUACCUACAUAAGCUUGUCAUAGAAACUGACAUAACCUUGCACAGAUGUUUAUAAAUCCUUAUUCCAAUAACUUUGAACAAAAUUGCCAAAUGUAACCUUUAUAGCAAAUGAUGCCUAUUGGAAUAAGCAUUUAUAAACAUUUAGAAAGGGUUAUGUCAGUUUUAUGACAGGUUUAUGUAGAUAUGAUGAACCCUGUAGUAAAGUGUUACUGAAUAUUCUUAAAUGUAAUUCUAAAAAGGAAAAAAUUCUCUUGAAGUCUUCAUUAUUUUCUUAGAAAAUAUUCACAUUUCUUUUUUGAAGGCUGUAGGUUAUUUGGCCUACAGCCUAUAAAUAUCCUGCUACAUUUUAAAAUUUACAUUAAAAGGCACAAGAAACCCUUUUUUAAUCUGCUCAUCUUGCGAGGUCAGCAAAAUAAAGAUGAAACAACACUAAACCAAACCUUCAACAACUGAUGUAAAAAUGUAGCAAACAACAGCUAGAAGAGAUGUGGAGGGAAUAGCCAACAGGAACAAAUACUCAUUGUUCAACUUUAAGAUUAUAUUUAGUGAAACAGAACUUACACAGAAUAUUAUAUAUUACACAAAUAUUUAGGGACAUAUUUCAAGAAUAGCACUUCUUACAGUUGUUCUUGAGAGGAAAAUUAAGAAGGAAAUAGGAAAAAAAAUCAUUCCUAAGAGGUUUUAAAUAUAUAAAAGAAAUAAAUAAAAUAAAGAGUAAUAUUUUGAACUUUUUUUCUUAAGUAUUUUCUUUCUCACGACACUUUUGUGAAUCUGGCCCCUGAUAUGUGACUGACUGUUUAACAGGUUGAAGAUUCUUCCCAAGGGGCUGAUUUUAGCACUUUAAGUUCUUUAGCUAUAAGUUCUUCAGAUCAGUGACACUGCUUCCUUGUUUUCCAAACAUUUCACAUUGAACAUCACUGCAUCUGUUAUGCACCAGUUAUGCUCUCUCUGAUGUCUGACAUCAUAGGGAUUCAAUUUGCACUAUUCAGAUGAUGAGAUGUUACUUUAGACACCUACAGGAGCCCAUGUUAAAUAUGCUUUUAAUGAAGCAAGAUGUAUGCGUAGUUUAUUGUGAUGAUAUUAUAUUGUCAUAUUGCCCAUCCUGAAGCUGAAGGUGAUCUCCACCCCUCCUGUGUUUCAGGAAUAGCUCCUCUUCAGUACACAUACACUCUUAAAAGUAAAGGUACUUAAAAAGUUUUUUUGGAGUAAAGCCAUAGACCAGGGGUGUCCAGCCUGGUUCUGGACAUCUACUGCUCUGCAGUCCUAAUCUAACACAUCUAAUCUGGCACACCAGAAUAUUACCAGCAGGUGUGUUGAACCUGAACUCUUCAGGGCAGUAGAUCACCAGGUUAAGGGUUGGUAAUCGUCUCAUAGAGGAACCAGUUGGACCACUACCUGUUCAUUGAGUGGCUAUCUAAACAAUUACUGAAAUGAAAGGUUCUUCUAGAGCAGAGGUCUUUGGAACUUUUUGGUCUGUUGCAUCAGCAGUUCAGUUAACUACCAGUGAUUACAGAACAAAGGACAAGAGAUGAAUUCAAGGUCCUGAGUCAAAGACCUCCAUUCUAUGGUAUCCCUCCAAAGAGGCCUUUUCAGCACCUUUAUUUUGAAGAGCGUAAUGCUAUUGGUGCUCACAUCUAGAAAGACCUAAAAGUGUCGCACAUUCCCCUUAAUGUCUUCCCCUAUCCUGAGCUACUGCUGCCUGACUCCAUCCCCACAAGCUAGAACCCCCUCAUGUUUACCCAUGUAAGGCUUCUGGAUCAACUGGCAGGUAGCUUUUGGGAAUUUCCCUGCUGACCCUCUAUAGUUACUGUGCCUCAAACUCAUAAACUCUUAUCAGUCGUCUUCGGUUCAGCCUGUGAGUAUGUGUGAGGGACGUCUGGCCCUACGAAAGAUUACUUCCAACAGGAGCUUGUGUACCAAAGCCUCUAGAACAUCAUCUUUGGUGUCAUACAGUUGUGCAAUCUCAAAACAUAACUCAAAGACUGUUGAUUAGAUGUAUGAAAGAGAGAGUUUUCUUGAUUUGUACUGUGAAAAAAAAACAAUUUAUUAUCCUUUAUUCCCAUGUCUGCUACUAUAGUGUACAUACAGAAGCGAGAGGAAGAAGCUGCCCUGGUGUUUGGCGAGGCCAGUAAAGACAAUUGUAUUUUAAACUCUAUUUUUCACUUUGGUUGUUGAGACAUGCUUUGAAGAAAGCCGUAUAACUGGAGAACUGUACAAUUUGAAUGUGGGGAAACCUUUGUUCCAUGUUGACUGUUAUGUUCCUUAUUUAUCGUUGUGCGCUGGAUUCUACUCAUUUGAAAAUAUAUAAAUAUAUUUUGUUUGGACACCAAUCUCUGAAUGAUGAAGUAUGUAUUGUACUGGAUGUAUCAUUUACCUUGAAUGUAUGUAUUAUGGAGAAAAAAAGCUGUUCCUAAAAUAUUUUCACAGGAUUAAGUUUCAUUGCUCAAAAUACAGUUGUUUUUUCAACAGUGACGCAGAGGAAAUGCACAAGCCUGGGUCUAUGUGUUUGUAUAUUAACAGUAGUUGAAAGAAUGAGCUGUUUUAAUUAUUCAAGCAUGUAAUUUGCAUGUCAUAAGCCAACUGCACCACAAGUGGGCGCCCUGGUCAAGCAAAUAAAAUGACGCACAGCGACCAGAGCAGUGGGCAACAGAUGUGGAGAUUCUGAAAAUAUCAGUAUCCACUCACUGAGUGAAUCCUAGUUCAGCACUGAGGCUAUAUGUGAGACCACCGUCACAUGCACAUUAACUCCCACCACCCUACUGCAACUGGGGCUGUUUUUUUUGACACGGAUUAAGCUUUAAGCUCUUUACAUGGGGAAAUCACAGUUAAGACAGUAAUUUAGACUGAGAUUAAGCUUAAGCUGUGUUUAGAAAACCACCCCCUACUAAGACACAACACCAGUCACAUUCAGCGAGAAGACUAGAGUGUUUGACUAUGAAAGCAAUAGUUCAAAAAAAGUAACCCAAACUUAGUUGAUCAGUCAAAACAUGUUCAUUAUCUCAAAUUUGCUUCUGGACUCUGUGAGGGUCAUGUAGCUAAUAAGCAGUGAAAGCUUAUUUACAGCAAACUGCACCAACUGGUUAAGAAAUCUAAAAGUGACUUGCUUCUGUGGUUUCUGAUAGUGCACAGUGCUAUAUAAAAGUAAUAGACCACCUUUCAUUUAUUUAUUUGUCAGUAAAAACAGCCAUUAAGUAAAAAUGAUUGUG